GCCCAAAGCUUCAGCAUCCACAAAGUAGUUAGCACCAUGGAAGCGCCCACUUUGAUGGUCCUCGUAGCUUCCUUUUCUGCUCUUUUAGCUUCUCUCUGUAUCUUGAAACUUGUCUAUUCUCUUUGGUGGAGACCCAAAUUGAUUGAGCGAGAAUUGAAGCAACAAGGAAUUGGAGGAACCUCUUACAAUUUUCUUUGUGGAGAUAAGCUAGCUAUCGAGAAGCUGAUGAUAGAAGCAUGGUCCAUCCCCGUCAGUUUAAACCACGAAAUUAUACCUCGUGUCGACCCUUUCAUUCAUCAAAUUGUGCAGACAUAUGGAAAGGUGUGUCUGAGUUGGAUUGGAACAAGGCCAAGAUUGAUACUGGGGAAGGCAGAGCUGGUGAGGCUGAUACUGAAUAACAAGAGUGGUCACUUCCAAAAACCUCCACAGAACUCUCUUGUGAAGCUUUUGGCGCUGGGACUCGCAGCCUUGGAAGGGGAGAAAUGGGCCAAGCAUAGAAGAUUAAUUACCCCUGCAUUCCAUCACGAGAAGCUACAGGCAAUGCAGGAUGGCAAAGCGGGUAAUGCUGAUCUACUUGGAUUGCUUUUGCAAUGCAAAGAAGAAAAGGGAAAUGAACUGACAAUUGAAGAUGUAAUAGAGGAGUGUAAGAUGUUCUACUUUGCCGGCCAAGAGACCACUGCUAUCUGGCUUACCUGGACUCUUAUCCUCCUGUCUAUGCAUCCGGCCUGGCAAGAGAAAGCCAGACAAGAGGUCCUACAAAUUUGUGGAAAGACAGCCCCUGAUAUGGAAAUCUUGAACCGGCUCAAAAUUGUCACAAUGGUGUUGUUUGAAGUCCUAAGAUUAUAUCCACCGGCAACUUACCUGGCAAGAUAUACCGUCCAAAGAACUAAGGUAGGGGACAUUUGCAUCCCUGCAGGGGUUGAAGUUUAUGUACCAACGACGCUGUUGCAUCAUGAUCCUGAGUACUGGGGAGAUGAUGCAGAAGAAUUCAACCCAGAGAGGUUUGCUGAAGGAGUUUCCAAGGCAUCAGGGGAUCAAUUGGCAUUUUAUCCCUUUGGCUGGGGACCUAGGAUUUGCAUAGCCCAAAACCUUGCAAUCAUAGAAGCAAAAUUGGCUCUGGCUAUGAUUUUGCAGCACUUUUCAUUCAAGCUCUCACCUUCGUACGCUCAUGCUCCCUGUGCCGGAUUUACUCUUCAGCCACAGCAUGGAGCUCCGAUUAUAUUGAAACCCAUUUGAGGAUUCUUUCGGGACAGAAAAGAGCUUAAUAAUACUCUGUGACUAGUGAUCGUGUGGAGAUUUCUAUUUUGCAUUUCUGAGGGUAAUUACACUAAAUAUUUGUAGCGGCAUGAACUAAAAUUCAAACCGAUUCAAUGACAUCAAAGUAACACUUGGA